GUGUGUGCGACGCUGCGUGGGGGUGUAUGUUCGCCUGAUGUCAUUUGGCAGAAGGGGAGGCUGAGCUAACGGUGGGCAUAACAAUAACGUGAACCGUCCACUCUGUGAAGUUGUCAUUUAAUUUGUGAUUGAAACACCGUGUCUUGAGAGCACAGUGCAACAGAAGAAGAAGAAGAAGAAGAAGAGGAGGAAGAGGAGGGGGAGAAGCUGGCUGACGGACUGAAAGCACCAGAUGCUCUUCCAGCGGAGGUGAUCGGACUGAGCAGGAGACGGUGAUGGGUUCUCGUUUCCCAGACGGUUAGCUAGCUAACGCUGGACCUUUUGUUUAGAAAUACGGACUCUGUGUUAGGAGCUUGGUUUGCCCCUCUCUCUCUCUCUCUACCGUCUUCUGUGUGACUCUGUGUCUGAAAUGCUAGCGGAGUCGCGGUCUCGUCCGUCGAGCAGCCUUUGGGCCGCAGCUCGGAACACCGAGCCCGAAUCUGGGAACUAGCUAGCUAGCUACCCGCUAGCCGCAGCUGUACCCGAUGCUGCUGCGGCUGCUGCUGCUGCUGCUGCUAAACGGAUCAAGGAGACAACACGAGGGCCCCGGCGCCGAGUGAGCUGUUGUUUACGGUGCUGGACGACAACGGGCUUUUGAGAUGUGAUGCUUUUGUGUGUCGUUUUUGAGCUUUUUGUAGCUGGAGGCUCUCGCUUGCUUGACGGCGAAGGAGAAGCUAACGUUGCUGCAACAUGAACAGCAGAACCACAACAGCGGGAUCCUGCUGAAGGGGGCGAGGUUAAACUGAUAACAGCCCACCUGGUUGUGUCUCACAACACCCGGGGGGGAGUCGCAUUUGGACAGCCACCUUUUCUCCGCGUCAUUCCUCCCCUCCGUCUCCAGUUGGCAAUAUGGAUAAACUAACCAUCAUUUCAGGGUGUCUGUUUCUGGCGGCGGAUAUCUUUGCAAUAGCCAGCAUUGCAAACCCAGACUGGAUCAACACUGGUGAAUCAGCAGGUGCCCUCACAGUCGGUCUAGUCCGGCAAUGCCAGACCAUCCACGGACGAGACCGGACCUGUAUUCCUCCGCGGCUGCCCCCGGAGUGGGUCACCACACUCUUCUUCAUCAUCAUGGGCAUCAUCUCCCUCACGGUCACCUGUGGACUGCUGGUGGCGUCGCACUGGCGCAGAGAAGCCACCAAAUACGCCCGCUGGAUCGCCUUCACAGGCAUGAUCCUGUUCUGCAUGGCGGCGCUCAUCUUCCCCAUAGGCUUCUAUAUCAACGAGGUGGGAGGCCAGCCGUACAAACUGCCCAACAACACAGUGGUCGGCUCCUCGUACGUGCUGUUCGUCCUCUCCAUCUUCUUCACCAUAGUGGGACUUCUGUUUGCAGGCAAAGUUUGCCUCCCGGGUUGAGGACAUGACAAUGCCCCGCCUCUGGACCGACACAGGAGGCUCUGAAAGUUCUAUGGGAUUUACUAAAAAGAAAAAACACACAAUGACUGAAAAAUCAAAGACAACUAACUCUGCCCAGAAGGCCAAACAGGGAUGUCUUGGAUUAAGUGUCAUGGGACCGCAGCACCUCGGAGGACCUAACGACUAUAAAUGAUAAAGAACAAACGAGCACUAACGAGGGGGCGUGGGCACAGAGGGGAGGAGGAGUGUGAGAGGGGGCAGCAGAUGCCGAUGCAGCACCCUGCCUCUGCUGAUUUAAAAUAUGGCCGUUUCUCUGUUGUUGAUCUGUUGGAAAAGGGUGCUUUGUGUGCCGCUGUCAUGGCAACUGCGGCCACAAUGCUGGCACACAUUUCUUGAGGACCACUACAGCCACUUCUCAACUAAACCCCACACCCACCCACUCGCUGCCCUCAGCACACAUCUGUGCCGUCACAGCCGCUCCUGUCGCUAUUUUUGGCUCCUCUUAGCUAUUUCAGUUGUGUGUUUUUCUGUUGUUGUACAUUUUUGUUUACUUUUUUGUUUUUUUCUUCUUCCUCUGCCCCCUGCCGUAAUUUCACUGAAGUAGCUUGAGUGUUACUGAGGUUCACGAACUCGAUCCUUGAAGGGGAACUCGGGGAGGGGGGGGGGGUUCUGCCAGCUUGGCUUCAGAGCAGGAUUUAUUCACACUUGUCACUUCACGAGGCUUCAGGUGUGGGUCUGUCGAGAGCAGCUGUGGGACCAGCUGUCUGGGCUGCUGUGGACCAGAGGAAGGUGCAGCAGGUGUGCUGCAUCUUUAUCUCCAACCAGGUGCUGCUGGGGAGCAGGUAGCAGCAAGGGGAAGGGGGCCUCCCUGUGCAGCCAAACAGGAGGUACUAUAAAGGAGAAUGCCACUCAAUGUUAGACCUUGCAUUAUGUUAUUUAAAGCAGAAAUUAGCGUGUAGACAGCUAUUUUACUAAGCUAAAGCCAUGACACUGAUGCACAUCCUUUGCCAAUAACUAUAAAACUGUGAAUCUAGAGAAUAAUCAUCUGAACGUAAACACACCUCUUGUAUUUGUAGUAAUGCUCUCUAAGUAUAACCACAGGCAGAGAGGCCUUUCAUGGUAUUUUUCAAAGGUAUACAUCACUGUGGUGUUACAUUUCACUCAGUAUCUCUAAUUAUAGCGGACAGUAUUACAUUUUAUACGCAAAAAAUAACGUUACCUAAGGUGUGAAAAUAACAUUUGUGAAUGCUGGAUAUUGGUGGUAUUCUCCUUUAAUGUUGGGCAGAAAAGCAAAGAGCCAGGAGGAGCAAUUUUUGUCUUGUUUUGUAGACACAGUCAAGGCAACCAGGACUGCAGGUCCGGUCCAUGCAUGGGGCUGUGCCUCAGUGUGCUGCCCGUUUAGGCCGUGAUUGUCAAACGCACACUCACACACUUUACCAGCCAUCAGACACACACACACACACACACUGUACUGUAUAAAUCCAGAUAUUAGGGCUUUGACUUACCAUUAUUUUCAUUGUCAUUGCUGUUAUUUUAGCUAAUAUCUUUCUCAUUACACUCAGAAAACUUGGUCAAUUGGCUUAUUUUGAAACAAUACUUUUGGCUUACCUUUUUUUCAUCUGCCCACAAGUUAUUGGUGGUGUCUAAAGUUAUGUCAGGCUUGAGGCAUGCCUGUGCGCUGUUAGUUUUGAAACUACAUCUCCCAUGUUUCAGGGAUAUAAAGGAUACUGUUUCCACAGACUUUGAAAGCUCUGUUGGCUGUUCGGACUGUUUUCUAAGAAGUGGUCGUUUCCUCCAGGUCUAAAAAGUGAGGCAGCUGUGGGAGUGCCUUGAACCUGCAUUCUGUCUGAUGGCCAACAUGGCCAACAUUUCAAUCAGGUAUGAUAGUAAUGUUCUAUUUUAUAUCAUCUCAGUGAGAGAAUAUAGACUAUAGAGCAGAAGAUGCUGUAAGCUCUGGUUAUGCCGUGAUUUAAAAGAUGCUUUCUCAGCAUUUCGUCAUUAAGAUAGACGUGUAGGAACGACUCUGCACCCUGUUUAGAUGUGGUCACUUCUGCUCCAAUUAAAACAAAAAUCUCCAAUGUGUCAAAUAUGGACUCUUCAAAACAGAAGUCCAGUCCAAUUAAUAAAGUCAGGAUGCUCAAGCACUUCUUAUACACAGUCCAUGUGUUCUUAAUCUGUCGGUUACACCUUUACAACUCUGUCCCAGUUUUGUUUUAAUUUAUUUAUUCACAUUUCAUAAAUUGGAAACAUUCAAAGAAUCCCAAAAUAGCUGCUAGUAGCUCUUAUUGCAAUUUAGCCACAGAGUUAAAGAUGAACAGCUAUCACUAUUGAUGAUAAGAUACUGAUCAAAAACUUCAAUAUGCAUUUAUUAUCAGGCCAGUACUGUAGUGGAGAAGAUAGAUCUGAAUUAAAAGUCCACACAUUUACAGUCAUCUCUCAACUUAUCAGUGGUCACAAGACCAUUUCAGAGCUCAGACAUUUAUUUUAAGUAUCAUAGAAAGAAUACCUGCUGAUUCUUAUCUCUUGUGUGUGUGUUUGUGUGUGGAACCAAUCACGGAGCUCAUCGCUUGAGUCUUAAGAGUUUUGUUUUGUAUCUCUCGUUUCCUGCUCGGCUUUUUUUACUCUCUGCCCGAUGAUGUAAACUGCUACCUUUACACUCUGCAGUGCCCUGUCUUGGUUGGUUUGAGUAUUGUGCCAUGAGUUGUUUUUGUUUAAUAAUGUACAGACACAAAAAGGCAGGAUCUCUGUAUUAGAAAGCACUGUGCAUUCAACAGAAUAGGUAACAGAACUAGAAGCACCACAAAUGUAUAAAAAAAGAGAACUUCUUACCUCAUUGUUUUUUUGUUUCAGAUAUUAUUUUCUAAUGGUGGCAAAUGUGUGCCCUCUAAUUUGUCUCUUGCCUUGAUCGGAUGUCUUCACAUAAAGCCUAUGAUCAUAGGAAAUUAUUUAUCACUGAAUAAAACGAGGAAAAAGUGGGUGUGUGACUCUUAA